GCAGUGAGGUUGGGAGCGUCGCUGUGCCGCCGUGACACCGGACACGCAGAUGGACGCGAUGGAGACUGUACUGGCGAGCUCGCUGCUGGUUCUGCUGCUGUGGUCCGGCGCUGAAGGCAGAGAGCCGGAGCUGAACUCGGUCACCUGCGGCUCCCUGGUCAAGCUGCUCAACACCCGGCACAACGUCCGCCUGCAUUCCCACGAUGUCAAGUACGGCUCAGGCAGUGGACAACAGUCUGUAACCGGAGUGGAAAAUGCUGAUGAUGCCAACAGUUACUGGCAGAUUCGUGGGAAACCCAACCGUCCGUGUCAGCGUGGGGCAGCCAUCAAGUGUGGUGAGGCCAUCCGCUUCACACACAUGAAGACUGGCCGAAACCUUCACACUCACCACUUCAGCUCCCCCCUGUCUAAUAACCAGGAGGUCAGCGCUUUUGGUGAGAAUGGCGAGGGCGAUGAUCUGGAUGUGUGGACAGUUCAAUGUGAUGGCAUCCACUGGGACCGCGAUGAAGCUGUGCGCUUCAAACACCUGGGCACUGACGUCUUCCUGAGUGUGACGGGCGAGCAGUACGGCCACCCCAUCCGCGGCCAGCGCGAAGUGCACGGCAUGAGCUCCCCCAACCAGCACAAUUGGUGGCGCACCAUGGAGGGUGUCUUCAUCCGGCCCAACCAGGAGCUGCUGCGCCACGAUGAGCUCUGACAGUCAGUAGAAGACACAUAGCAUGGACAUGUGUUGACAGUCUGAGAGUUCCUGUUGCGCUGAUGGUUUUAUAAUUGUCUGGACCAAAUGUGUUAGCGGUGUUUAUUGUUGGACUACUGACUCAUCUCUGUUCAUGUGAAGCACUCAGGGUGUUCAGAGACAAGGGGUUUUUUUUUUUGUUUGUUUGAAUAUGAUCAGUCAUACUUUAUGUGGUGUAGCCUCAAUAUAAUAUAUUAGUUUCCUCCUGAGAAGAUUUUAUAGGAGAGAAAAUCAAUGCCAAAUUCCCAAACUGGGCAUAAGAACUGCCAAGAAAGACGAGAAUUUAUUGUCGUAAUUCGAUUCAUUUCUACAGAGCAAUAUCAGUUGAAAUGUGGACAGGUUGUGUCUCAAAUAAAACCAUUGUUUUAGUUGACAUUUUGUUUCCACGGUGCAUUUAGAGGGAAUUGUUGGAGCAACAACUUUGGAUGCCAGAAACACAAUUUGACAUAAUGUCGUGAUUCACCUUUUCUCGUGCUGUAUACUGUUGAUCGUCCCACUGAGCACAUGCCUGUUUUCUCUUACUUGCUUAUGAUGCUCGCUUCCCCAUUCCUAACAAUUUGUGCUACAAGGUUAGCUUUUAGCUUUGCUGAACUACUACAAUUUACCACACUGUCUAGAUGACUGCUCUGAUGUUCAGUAACCUAUUUGUGCGUGAGGUCAUUGUUAUGCUUGAGAUAACCCUAACCCUGUCACAUUUUGUGUGAAAUCUGCAAUUGUUUUCACCAGUGCUUUGGUUCAUAACAAUAUUCCAUGGAUGGUGGGUAAAGAGAAGGUUCAUCUCCAGUUUUUGUUCAAAUGCAGACUUUUAGAUUUGUUCAUGGUGACUGCAGCUUGCUCUCUUAAAAAAAAAAAAAAAAAUACCACUUGG